CCCUUUUUUACUCGCGUAAAAAUUCUAAAAGUUACAAAUAUUACAUAAAAAAUGGCACAAAAAGGCAACGUAGCUGUUAAUUUCUUCAAAAGCAUUUACCACAAUGAAUUCCAAUGGUCGGUGGUCAAAAGUUUCGGACUAUUCUUCUUGGGUAUUCGCAUUGCCAAAGAAUUUGCCGGAGUGGAAAUAAUGCCAGCCAUUGCCCAUUAG